AUGGCCGCCGAAUACCAACCACAUGAGGACCCCAGUGGCGUGAUAGGCAUUGGGACAGGUCCUCAAGUCAUUAGCACCUCGGGUGUAUUGGAUGUCAUCAUGGGACCACUCCUCAACUACAGACGCACCAGCAACGAGCAGUCCGGGCAGCCCGUCUGGCAUGGCAGUGUCCUAAUCGUUACCACGCCUGGACAGCAGAACCCGAACGAGGCACAGCCGAACCCUCAGCUUGUACUCUCACCAGCUGGCGCAGUCGACAGGAAUAUCAGUGACGCAAGGUUUAGCGUAGAUGCGCGCACCUUUCACGGGGAGAAGCUUUACGAAGACGGCAAGAGGGCCUUCUGGCGCUUCCGGAUCAAUGCACCCAUGCAGCCAUUCGAGUCAAGAUGGCGUUACGAUAUCCAGAACCUCAAGUACACCGACAUUCAGAAGCAGGAGAAGCCGCAGAAUUUCGUCAUACCUUCAAUCACCCAGUCGAUGCGCAUCAUGUUCCACUCUUGUAACGGCUUCAGUGUCGGUACUGACAUGGACGUCUGGUCUGGUCCCGUACUGUGGAACGACGUCCUACGCAUGCACGAACAGCGACCCUUCCACGUCAUGAUUGGAGGAGGCGACCAGAUCUACAAUGACGGAGUGCGAGUAGACGGCCCGCUCAAGCCCUGGACCGACAUCCACAGUCCUCAUAAGCGACGGGAAUUCCCAUUCGGCCAGCAAAUGCGUGCCGACUGCGACGAAUACUACUACAACAACUACGUCAAGUGGUAUGGCCACGCGCCCUUCUCCACUGCUAACAGCCAGAUCCCCCAAGUCAACAUCUGGGACGACCACGACAUCAUUGAUGGCUUUGGUUCAUACACCGAUCACUUCAUGAACUGCGCUGUCUUUAGGGGUAUCGGCGGUGUUGCGCACAAGUACUACCUUCUCUUCCAGCACCAUCUUGCUCCUCCAAAGAGUACUUUUACGACCGAUGCGCCACAGACAACCGAUGUAACCGGUCAGGGACAAAGAACAACGCCUGCCGACCCUGCGCAGGUAGAAAACACUUUCGUUAUGACCAACGAUGAGGGCGACCCAUCAUACCUCAUUGGUUCAAAGCCUGGCCCAUAUGUUGAGGAACGCAGCCGCAGUAUCUUCUGUCAGCUAGGUGCGCGCAUUGCCUUUGCUGGUAUUGAUGCGCGAACAGAGCGUACCAGACAUCAGGUCAACUACCCCGAGACCUACAAGAUGCUCUUUGAUCGUCUGGAUGCUGAGUUCACCGCGAACCCAGAGCUCAAGCACAUGAUCUUGCUGCUUGGUGUCCCCAUCGCCUACCCCCGCUUGAUCUGGCUCGAGAACAUCUUGCAGUCACCCCUGAUCGCACCCAUCAAGUUCCUGAACAAGCGCUUCGGCUUCGCUGGAGGCUUCUUCAAUCAGUUUGACGGCAAGGUCGAUUUGCUCGAUGACUUGGACGAUCACUACACUGCGCGUCAACACAAGGAGGAGCGUCGUAACCUCAUGCACAGCCUCCAGGCAUUCUCCAAGAAGUUUUCCGUACGCGUCACCAUCCUCGGUGGAGACGUACAUUUAGGAGCCAUUGGUCGUUUCUACACCAACCCCAAGACACACCAGAUCCCCGCAGAAGCUGACCACCGCUACAUGCCCAACAUCAUCAGCUCCGCCAUCACCAACAAGCCCCCACCCCAAGCUGUCGCAAACUUGCUCGCCCGUCGAAACAAGAUCCACCAUCUUGACAAGGAAACCGACGAGACCCUUCUCGAGAUCUUCGACCGCGACCCAGCUCUACCUGACGGUGUGAACGCAACGAACGGCACAUCCACCGCUCAAAUCAACGGCGACAGCAAAGAUGGAAAGAUUGAACCCAAAACCUCUGCCGCAAACCACGCCACAAUGCCCUCCCGUAAUUACGCCAUCAUCUGCGAAUCCGCCAUUCCUACCCCCUCAACUCUCGGCGUACCUCCCGGCUCCGCCCCCUCCAUUCACACCAAUAACACCGCCGCAUCCAAGAUUUCUGCUGCGCCUGGCAAGAAAGACAACAUGCGUCUGGGCUUCCAUCUCGGUGAAGAGAAGGCUGGCACUCAGCAUCCGGCUGCGGGUGGUAUCAACCCCUCGGGUCUUUGUGGACCAUAUGGGUUGGAUGUUACGCUCAGGGUGGAGAUAAGCAAUCAGGAUAGGGAGGGCAGGACCGACGGGUAUGGGUUUAGCAUUCCGGCGCUGGAUUGCUCGGCUUAUGCUGAUCGGGAUGCUAAGUGGUAG